GUUAAAUGUAUUACAUAAGGAUAGAGCUUAGCGUGUAGACGCGUUUAGUCAGCUCUCAAAAUGAGGUUGUUUUUGUUUUUAAUAAUAAUGCUAUUCGGUUUCGAAGUGGACAGUGCAAGAAUAUUAGUGAUGGUUCCAACUCCUUCUAUAAGCCAUCAAGUGGUGUUCCGACCGUUAAUACAAGAACUGCUCAAAAGGGGUCACGAGUGCGUUGUUAUAACAACAGAUCCUAUAUAUCCCAAGGGAGAAACACCAAAGAACCUCACCGAAGUAGAUAUCCACGAUAUGUCAUAUAACAGCGUAGUUGACAUUUUGCAGAGUAUAGAUGGUGAUAAGGAUAACUAUCUAACCCUAUUUAUUAGGAUUUUCCACCGUAUGUCUAUAAUUUUUGAGAAACAAGUGCAACUGCCAGAGGUGAAAGAAGUAUUAGAUUCUGGAAAAUAUGAUUUGGUGAUCGGUGAGGCGUACAUUCGACCCCUGCUCGGACUAUCCCAUUAUUUAAAAGCACCUGCUAUUUUGUUGAGCACGUUUGGUGGUCUGCCAACGCAUUAUAAUCUGCUUGGAGCUCCGACACAUCCACUCCUAUUUCCGUACUUUGUACAGGCUAAAUUAUACAAUUUAUCGUUUUUCGAGAAGAUUAUCCAGAUUCUAAAUUAUUUGCGAUACGAAUGGCACUCGUAUUGUUUGGAACGGUUAGAUUAUGAGAUAAUGGAACGGAAUUUUGGAAAAGAUGUGCCAAGUUUUAGAGAAUUGUAUAGGAACAAUGUGCAUUUGCUGUUUUUGAAUGAGCAUCCUCUUUGGGCGGAAAAUAGACCAGUUCCUCCAAAUAUAAAGUAUAUAGGUGGGAUGCAUACACCUCAGGAAAAACCAUUGCCAAAGGAACUAAAAGAUUAUCUUGAUGCUGCUAAAAGGGGCGUCAUUUACUUCAGCCUCGGGUCCAAUGUAAAACCUUCUCUUAUGCCUGCAAACAAAAUGAAAAUGAUGCUAAAUGUAUUAUCCAAAAUGCCAUACGACGUUCUAUUUAAAUGGGAUAGUAAGGAAUUUCCUACAGGAUACGAUAAUAUUAAAUUUUUCACUUGGCUACCGCAAUCGGACCUUUUGAAGCAUCCAAACAUAAAGGUCUUCAUCACACAAGCUGGUCUACAGUCAACAGACGAAGCCAUAGAUGCAGCAGUACCGCUGAUCGCAUUCCCAGUUUUUGGUGACCAAUUCUAUAAUGCUGAGAAAUACGUGAAACUGAACGUUGGUCAGCAAUUGGAUAUCAGCACAGUGACUGAGAAACAGUUCCAAAAUGCGUUGAAUGCUGUUACCGGUGAUGAUAAAUAUAAAAACAACAUGUUAAAGCUACGCGGUCAAAUGCGAGAGAUGCCCAUUAACACUCUGGACUUAGCAGUAUGGUGGACGGAACACAUUUUGAAAUUCGGCGGGUUACAUCUCCAAUCGGCCUCUGCUGGCCUCACUUGGUUUGAAUAUUACGAACUAUACAUUGUAUUUACAUUCUUAUUUAUAUUAGCAUUAAUGGUUAUAAUUCCUUAUCUUGUAUUACAGUAUUUGUGGAGAUCAGUAUUAUCAAAGAGUAAAUUAAAGAUUAGUUAAUGAUUUAUGGUUAUAUUUUAUUAGUUACUAUUGUAAAACUAGAUUUAUUAUGAAAGUUGAAAUGCGUAGUUACUUACUGUGUUUUAUUUGCUUGGCUUUGCUAGCGUAUAAAUAUGUAAGUACGGUCUACUUUAAAUAAGAGGGAUAAUG